UCCCCCCCGUGCCUGGCUCCGAGCGAGCGCUGCAGCAGGAGCUGGUGUCAGUUUAACGGACACCGAGCUCGAGCUCCCUGAAAGCUGCCGGUAGUGGCGGCGGGACCGACAUGUUGCUGUAGCUUCUGGACCGGGGAGGCACAAGAACUGUCAUGAAGAACGUAUAAUCCUUGAAGGAGGAUCAUGUAGGCCGGUGGAGAAUCCCAGCAAGACUGGACAAUAUUGUUGGACAUUGUGGAAUCGAAUGGCAUGGCUGGGGCCACGUCGAUGUGGGCUUCAUGUUGUGGUUUACUAAAUGAAGUGAUGGGUACUGGAACUGUGCGCGGCCAGCAGCCUGCAUUCGGUGGAGGUGCAGGGCCAUUCAGAUUUGCCCACAGCACAGGGUAUUCCUCAUAUCCCUCCCCAUCACCUGAAGUUCCAAAUUUAGUUUGUAAAGAUUGUGGUCAGGCAUUUACUCGUUCUAGGAAGAAGUAUAUAUGUAAGGAUUGCAAGAGGAAUUUCUGUAUAUUCUGUUCAGUGAUGAAUGAAAAUAUACGAAGAUGCUGCACGUGUGAAUUGCUACAACAAACUUCUUUCCAGCGUGAUGAGCUUAUGAAAUUAAAGGUGAAAGAUCUACGUCAGUACCUUAAUUUGAGAAACAUACCAAUAGACACUUGUUGUGAGAAGGAGGAUUUGGUACAGCUUGUAUUGAGCCACCAUGGAUCAGGUGCUGAUGAUGUAGAUGCCGAGAGUGUACGUUCGCAGAGAUCACAGGGUUCACAAUUUUAUACUACCACUUCGGCUUCUGCAGCGCCACCUUCUCAGGGGAUUUCGUCCAAUCAAAGACCAAGCUCAGGAACAUCAAACAUGCAACAGGGGAGAGAAGAUGCAUCAUUUCCAAUGGAUAUAAGAUCUGAAUCAGAACAAAAUCAGGCAAAUGGAACAAGUGAUGACAAUCAACCUAAAAAUACACGAGUCUCACUAUCAGACCUAUCCAGUACUGAUGACGUUGAAGCAUUGACUGUUCGUCAACUUAAGGAAAUACUGGCUCGCAACUUUGUCAGUUAUUCGGGUUGUUGUGAAAAAUGGGAACUGGUGGAAAGAGUGAUCAGGUUAUACAAAGAAAUGGAAGAAAAUCGCAAAUUUUUGGAAAAUGGAAAUAAUCAAGCUGAAGCUACUGUUGAAGAAAAGAUGCAGCUAGGGAGUGAUGAGAAUCUCUGCAGGAUCUGUAUGGAUGCAGUGAUCGAUUGUGUUCUGCUGGAGUGUGGUCACAUGGUCACUUGCACUAAAUGUGGAAAACGCAUGAAUGAAUGCCCUAUUUGUCGACAGUAUGUUGUGCGGGCAGUGCACGUCUUUAAGUCUUAAAUUCGGUGGUGUUUGGUAGAAGAUUGAAAUUAAAGCUUUCUUGUUAAGAUACAUGAAAUUCAAUAGGAAAAUUAUUCUGACUGUAUUAAUGACACUAGUUUGUGGCUAUUUUGGAUGGUGUAGAAGAACAGAAUUUCUUUUAAUUUACUAACAGUUAUCAUUGCUUAUUACUGAAGCCUUAAAUUAGUGUAAAAUACAACAUAUGUUAAGAUGCAAAAAAUGCAAAUGACUUGACUUAAUUAAGCCUAUUAAGGUUAAUCAAAGAUGGGAUCCAGACUAAAUGAAGGAUAUGCUGGGGGGGGGGGACAAAGCAUAAAGUCUAUUUUAAACUUUUCCUAUCACUUUUAUAAGUCUCGUAAAACUUUAACCAUUUAAUGGAUUAUCAUAAUAUGGUGUGGUGUACUGAUAAGCUAUUAACUAAUUGACUGUGUGCUGGAUAUGAAUUGAGCAUUUAGUAGUGCCCAACCUGCCUACAGGAAAGUCUGGACAGAAAGGAAAUUGAGCAAUCUUGUGUCAUUGACUGCCAACUGCCUUGUUAUAGUUUUUUCAUUUUUUCUUUGUAUAUUUUGUAUGUUUUUGAAAUUCACAUAUGCAAUUUGACUAAUAAAGAAUUUAAUUUAAUGGA